AGUAGGAACUAGGAGUUUCCGAUAACACGUGAACGCGGCAUUAGCAUAGCAACUGUGAGUCUAGGCAUAAAAAACAACAUAACAAACGUGUUACGCGCUAAUUAACGGUUAUCUGGGACUAUUACACUUGUAUUGCUUAACACAAUUUGCCCCCCAGAUGCAAUAUUGCCUGUUUGUAGACUUUCUUUUAUUUUUUGUAUUCAUUGCUCACUAACGUUAGCUGGCUUCGUUCUGAUCCAUAGUACUGUUAGAGGGCGUCCGCUACGCAUCCCUCCAUGAAGCGCUGCGAUGCCCUCUGAUUUUAUAUCCCUCCUCAGCGCUGAUCUCGACCUUAAUUCCCCCAAAUCCCUUUACUCCAAAGAGUCUGUGUAUGACCUCCUCCCUAAGGAGCUCCAGCUGCAGUCGUCCUCCUCGCAGACAGACACACCCACCAUGAGCCAGAAGAGUGGGGGAGAGGCCGGACCGCCCCCUUCUGCAGCCAUGGCCUCAGCCACCUCACCCAGCCCUUCUCCAUCCUCUUUGGCCACGGGAGGCCCCAGCUCGGCCCCCUCUACCUCAGCCAUGGACCAGUCCCAGCCUCCUCUCCUCCUCCACCAUCCCAGUGGGGCCCCCAGAGAGGGGUCCGGAGCCCCAGAAGGAUCCGAGAGGGAAGGGGUGGAGGGAGCUCUGUCUGCCUCUGAAGGUGGAGGCGGCAAUGGGACCAGCUCUGGAACAGGAGGAGGAGACCCAGGAGCACCAGGGGCAGGGGGGGUGGGAUCCCAGCAGCAGCCCCAGAACACCCCCUCUAAGCGGAGGCCAGUGUUGAGCAUCUCCCCCCCUCCGGAAGACCUGUUUGAUGACAGCAGUAUGUCCUGCCAGGAGGAUCCAGCCCCGGCCGGGCCAGCAGGACCAGACUCAGAACACAGCAGCAGCAUCUGGGCUGACGACUCGGCCUCCAACUUCAGCCUGAUCAGCUCCAGCUCCUACAACGACAACACAGAGGUGCCCCGCAAGUCCCGUAAACGCACCCCACGCCAGCGGCCCGGGGCCAAGCCUGCACCCCCAGAGGACAGCAUGGACGUGUUUGAUGCAGACAGCGCCACGGCCCCACACUUUGUUCUGUCUCAGCUGGGCCCAGACAAGGCCAGCCCCAAGCCCAGUUCUCUGGAGGCUGGGUGGCUGCUGAAGGGAGGCCUGCUGUCAGGUCAGUGUCCCCAGAAGAGUGAGGGCAAGGAGCUGAAGAUCCUGGUGCAGCCAGAGACCCAGCACCGGGCACGCUACCUGACCGAGGGCAGCCGCGGCUCUGUCAAAGACCGCACCCAACAGGGCUUCCCCACGGUCAAGUUAGAGGGCGUCAGUGAGCCGGUGGUGCUGCAGGUGUUUGUGGCCAGUGACACAGGCAGAGUGAAGCCUCAUGGGUUCUACCAGGCCUGCAGGGUGACAGGACGCAACACCACGGCCUGCAAGGAGGUGGACAUCGAGGGAACCACCGUCAUAGAGGUCCCUCUGGAGCCCAGCAGCGCCAUGUCACUUGCGGUUGACUGUGUGGGGAUCCUGAAGCUGCGUAACGCGGACGUGGAGGCUCGUAUAGGAGUGGCCGGGUCCAAGAAGAAGAGCACCCGGGCCAGGCUGGCAUUCAGGGUCAACAUCCCCCAGCCUGAUGGGUCUGUCUUAACCCUACAGACCACCUCGUCACCCAUCCUCUGCACCCAGCCAGCAGGGGUGCCAGAGAUCCUGAAGAAGAGUCUCCACAGCUGUUCAGUGAGAGGAGGAGAGGAGCUGUUCAUCAUAGGGAAGAACUUCCUCAAAGGAACCAAGGUCAUCUUCCAGGAGAACUCAGCAGAUGAUGAGUCGUGGCGGGCCGAGGCAGAGAUUGACAUGGAGCUGUUCCAUCAGAACCAUGUGGUGGUGAAGGUUCCGCCAUACCACAGCCUGUCUGUCUCCUCUCCUGUCUCUGUGGGCGUCUACAUCACGACCAAUGCCGGGAGGUCACAUGACAUCCAGCCCUUCAUGUAUAUCCCAGACUCAGAUAAGUCCCUGAACAUGUCUGUGAAGACAGAGGGUUCUUCUCUCGCCAAGGCCUGCAUCUUCCAUGACCAGAUCAAUUAUCUGGCCUCUGACCCUGCCCAGUCUGCUGGCGAACUGGUUAAACGACAGGAGGUCACCCCUAUGGAGGUCUCCAGCAAUACCCCAUCCACAGCACUCUUCAAGCCACCCUCUGACACCCUUAUCUUAGUCCAGCAGAACCUUGAGCUGAGCUCCAGCACCCCGCCUAGGAAUGAGUCCUUCCCCGGCCCCAUGCCCCUCCAGCCUGGGGACAUGGACCUCCCCCAUGCCCCUGUCUUUCCCUCCCUGGAGCCCUUCAGCACCAUCCAGAAGCAGGACAUCACCCCCAUCACCUCCUUCCCCGUCUCCAGUGACACUACCACCCUCCCCCCUGUCCCCCCAGAGGUACCCCAGCAGUUCCUCCGGGACCCCCAGGAGAGCCUGCCUCAAGAGGCCUCCAACUCCUGCAGCGGGAUGAUGGUAGUAGGAAUGUCCCAGAUGGCACCCCCCUCCCAGGCCCCCCAAGUUCCCCUGUUUCCCCAGGAUGGGGUGGCCCAGCUGGAGAGGGCAGUAAGGGAGCUCCAGGCAGGGGGCAGCAGCCUGGUACAGCAGGUCCUAGAGGCAGCAGUGGCUCAGCAGCAACUCAACUCAGUGUUGUACAGCCCCACGUCCUCCACUGACUCCCUGCAGCAAAACGUACAGGACACCAUGAACAGCCUGAGACUGGGGUGCACUGAGGGCUCUCUGGCCACACAACAGCAGUUGCAACAACAGCAGAUCCUUGGCAACAUGCAACAGAUACAACAGCAGCAACAACAGAUACAGCAGCAACAACAGAUACAGCAGCAACAGAUACAGCAGCAACAACAGAUACAGCAGCAACAACAGAUACAGCAGCAACAACAGAUACAGCAGCAACAACAGAUACAGCAGCAUCAAGUCCUUGGCAACAUACAGCUACAACCACAAUUAUUAAUACAGCCACAGGAUCAACAACUGCAACAGCAACAACAGAUACUGGGGAACCUACAACAGCAACAAUUACAACAUCAACAGUUUCAACAACAGCAGCAGCAGGUCCUAGGAAACAUACAGCUACCGGAUCAACAACUUCAACAACAAGUACUGGGCAACCUACAACAACAAAACCAAGCAGUAGGCAGCAUGCAACACUUACAGCAACAACAACAGCAGCAGCAGGUGUUGGAGAACUUUCAGCAGCAGCUCCAGGCUGAGCUCCUCCAGCCCCAGAUCCACUCCUCGUCUCAUCCCCAGCAGCAGCCUGUGUCUCUCCUCCAGCAGGCUGGGGAGCUGCUCACCAUCCAGACCUCCAGCUUCCCCCACCAGCCGCCCUCCCACACCUCCCCCCCCCAGCAGCUCCUCCAGUCCCCCAGGCCUCUGUCGGAAUCCCCCAGCCCGCAGCACCAGGUCCAGGCCGCCCUGCUCCAGAACACUCUCACUGUGCUGACCAGUGGUAGCCGAGAUCAUGAGCAGCAGGUUACGGGGUCCACGCUGUUCCUCUCUCCCAACACUCUCUCUAGCCAGGGUAGUCAGCAGCAGCUAGCAUUCCUGUCCUCCAUGGAGACUUCAGCCAGUGAUCCCCAGACUGUGUCAGUGUUCCAGUCUCAGACCCAGCAGCAGCAGAGCACCCCCAUGGACCAACAGCAGUCCCCCCAGCAGACACAACCACAGCAAACCCAGCAGCAGCUUCCCAUGGCUCAGCAAGGCUCCUUGUUCCAAACUAACACUCUGUCCUCCAGCCAACACCCUCAGCCCCAGCCCACAGACCUGCUCCUCUGCACCGCCUCCCUCAACCCCCAGGCUCUGCCUCCAACCCUCCUCUUCAGUACCCAGGGCCUCUCUAUGGGAAGCAGCACCCCUCACCCCCAGGACACCCCUGCUCCCCUCCUGUUCUCCCAGCCCACCAUGGUCGGGAUCAGGGUAGGGGUGGCCCAGUCUGACCCAGCAGAGCCCAUGUCCUUCCAGGACCAGAGCUCCACAGUAGGGGGGACAACAGCCUCCAUCAAUCCCCCUCAGCAGGGCCUGUUCCAGGCCCAGCAGCCUAUGCAGGUGAGUUCCAGCUCAGGCAGUGGCCCUGACAGCCAGCAGGUGGAGCUGUUCCUGCCACAGGGUUCUCUGUCUGGUCUGCAAAGCAACAUGGCUACGCAGGAACUAGAAAACCAGGCUGCAGCAGCUGCAACCAUCUUUGUGAUGCAGAGCGGACUGGGGGUGGUGGAGCUGCAGAGUACCGCCUCCCCCCCCGGUCAGAGACCCCCAGAGCAGCUGUUCCAAACGGGAGUGAGUAGGAAUGUCGGCCAGCCAGGAGGACAACCCAACCUUUUUGUGUUCGGCCUCCAGAACGAUUCCUCCCAGCUGAUGACGUCCACUGGUUCAACACUGUCAGCCCAGAGCCAACCCCAGAACGCCAACCCUGUGCAGGCAAGCCACAUCCAAUCUCUACUGGACUCAGACAUGGCCCAGACAGCCACACCCAUGCAGACCAACCUACAGACCCCAAUGCAGACAAACAUACAUACUGCAAUGCAGACCAAUAUACAGACUGCCAUAGAACCUAGCCUGCCGACCGUUAUGCAGACCAGCUUACAGAACGCCAUACAGACCACCUCACAGAAGAUGGAGGACCUGCUGGACAGUCUUCAGAAGCAGUGAUCAUUACUGGGACCACAGACACAUUGCUGUGGGUUCUUGUGACGUCUGCCCACUCUUAGACUGGGACAGGUUGUGUCUUCUGCUUACAGUACAACCCCCCCACAGAUGCAGAGAAUGGGAAUGGGAGGUGUCUCACUAUGCUACGAGCCCCCUAGGCGAAGAACAUGUCAUGAUGUUUUUAAAGAUUUUUAUCAAAUGUACUCUUGUGCCCUUGGCUCAUAUUUUGAUGUGAUUGUACAUGCAUUCAUACAGACGGACAGGCGCUGUCAUGAUGAGUUGGUUGAGUGACUGCGCCUUUUGCUCAAUCAGAGGAAAGUAACUCCGGUAUCCAUCAGUCUAACUUAUACAGUGGUUCUUCUUUUUCAUGCUGUACUGUGUUAUUGAUGGUCUAAGAUUGGAGGGAGGGAGGGAUACAGAAAGUUGGACCUAGAGUGAAAGACAGAAGAGAUGGUGAGAUUUUAUUGAGGGAAAGUGGCGAAAAAAGGUGUCUCUCCCUGUUCUUGUUUGUGAUUGCAAGGCUUUAGUCCGGCCACACAACAGUCUGUGUGUAUCUGGCCACACAGCAGUCUGUGUGUAUCUGGCCACACAGCAGUCUGUGUGUAUCUGGCCACACAGCAGUCUGUGUGUAUCUGGCCACACAGCAGUCUGUGUGUAUCUGGCCACACAGCAGUCUGUGUGUAUCUGGCCACACAGCAGUCUGUGUGUAUCUGGCCACACAGCAGUCUGUGUGUAUCUGGCCACACAGCAGUCUGUGUGUAUCUGGCCACACAGCAGUCUGUGUGUAUCUGGCCACACAGCAGUCUGUGUGUAUCUGGCCACACAGCAGUCUGUGUGUAUCUGGCCACACAGCAGUCUGUGUGUAUCUGGCCACACAGCAGUCUGUGUGUAUCUGGCCACACAGCAGUCUGUGUGUAUCUGGCCUCACAGCAGUCUGAGUAACUCGUGUUGCUUUGACAUUUCAGUCUCCGUGUGGUCUCUUAUUGUUACAAGUGGUUACAGAUGCUUUCCAUGUUUUUGAAGCAUUUGCAUAUGUCGUGCGACUUUCGUUUGGGGGGAUUUUAGAGUCUUUCCAGUUCAUUGUGAAUAGAAUGGUGGUUUUAAACAUUAAGCACUUUAUAAACUGUUUUGUGUGACCAGCAAAUCCUUAUAUCCAUCCAUAGGCUUUCUAUGGUUAGUCACAUUGUACUGGUUGAUGUCCAUUUUAAAAAAUAAUAGUUUUUUAAAGUUGUCACGGUAUACAUUUAAACACAUUGACCAUGCAUUCAUACAUUUUUCAUUCGCUAUAUUUUUGGAGUUAUAUAUGAGAUUGUUUGUGUCAAGUGUUCAUCUGAAGCCUAUUUAUACUGAGUGGUCCAUUCAGUGUCUCCGUCAAUACCGUCAUUCCCAUAGCGAGUAUACAUUGUUUGUUUUGGUGUGUCUCUGAUUGUAACUAGCUACUAUUCAUAGGCUUUCAUAUCUCUGGCACACACAAUUUUCUUUUGGUCUGAUACAUUGUGUGUGUACAUUUAUGCGUGUGUUAUUUUUAUGGAGAAUGUACAGCACAUUGCUACCUGUAGCCUACUAUUUACCUUGUAUUUUACAAUCUGUGUAAGUUAACCACUGGUGUUUUUACCUUGUCUUGUGUGUGUGUGUGUGUGUGUGUGUGUGUGUGUGUGUGUGGUUGUAGUUUUUGGUUGGUUUCUGGUUCAUGUACGGACAGAUGUUGAACCACUACUGUCAGCAUUCAGGGCAGAGCUGUGUGAAAUAGACACAGUACCUGUCCCGUGCAUUGUCACCAGGGACUCACUGCUACACAAAAACUCUGCUACAAUAGCCACACUACCAUACCACUUACUAUAAAGUAAUGUUUUGGGCAUGUACUCUGUGGUAUGGACAUUGGAAUGUGGCCUAAAAUCUGUUACUUAGGCUGCGUUUACACAGGCAGCCCAAUUUCGAAUCUAUUUUUUUCAGUAAUUGGUCUUUUGAACAAUCAGAUCUGAUGUGAGUGGAAGAAAUGUCAGAAUUUGAUGCCUGUGUAAACAUGGGAAUAGCCAUCUCUAUGGCAAGUUAUCUAUGGUGCUAUGUGCAGCAGUGAUGGACACUUCUAAUGUGAUGUUUAUACUUACAUUUAUACUCAUGUCACAUCAACAGUACUGAUAUUAAUAUUGUGGUAAAGUCUGAAUUGUGUUUCUGGAGUAAUUGCUGUGAGCAGGCAGUGUGAGGGGAGUGUGUCCUGUUUUCAAACUUGUCAUAUUUGUUCAAUUUUUUAAAUAUCCUGAUGUUUGUUUACUCAUUUGUAAUUGGUUUACUCAUUUUAAAUCAUGCAGCUUUCAUGGAUAAUAUUAACAUUGUUUUUGUACAAAUUACAAACUUUAAAUAAUACAAAUAUUGGCUAGCACUCUACAUGUGGUAAGGUACUCUCCUCCCAAAAGUUUUGCCUCUGUCAUAUCCAUCCAAAUGAAUAUGCAUUUUAAACCAUGUUGCUCUACUUUGCUUUAGAUGCAAGCAGCCUAAUUCUGAGAUUUCCCCCCACUAAUUGGUCUUUUGACCAAUCAUUCCAGAUCUUUUCCAGAGCUAAUCUGAUUGGUCAAAAGACCAGUUAGUGAAAAAAACAUCAAAUGGGAUGCCUGUCUAAGUGCAGCCAUUGACACAAACGGAUGAAAUGAGAACCAUUUGGUUGUUGCUCAGAUUCCUACAUGCUCAUGUUUACAUUCUGUCUUGAAAAAGUAGGAUUACUCCAUUUAAAAAUGUAAUUUAGAAGGUUUCUUACCCAUGAGUCAGAUUACAUAGUAUUUUUAUAGCAGAUGUUCAGUUUUAUAUACAUGCAGUAUAUAAUUUUUCAAACGUCGGACUGAAACCCAGUAUGCAGUUUGGGGGUGUGCAUACUACUAGAUGGCUUCAUGUAGAACGCGGGCCAAUAUUCACGAUUAUACUCUCAUUCUGUGCAAACCAUAUAAAUGGAAUAUAUGCAGGGGACACCAUUCCAAGCAUAGACUUAGAAUGAGUUGUAAUUGUGUAGUUCCAUAUGAGAUACAGCUUGUCAAAGAUGGUGGCACAUACUGAGACCACCCACAGGAACCGUCAACUAUUUUCAACCUCCCAUUUGGUUUCACCCAUUCAAAAUAUCAAUUAGGCCUAAACACAAUAGAUAAUCACCUCCAUUACUGAUGUCCAAGCGUUCCAUUCCAUUUUUAUUGGGGAUUUUCAAGAGCACAUGAUGCCUCACUAAGCCAUACAGAAAAAGCCAACCUCUGAGUAUCUCCUCUGUGAUGAAUGUAACUUUAUACUAUAUAUACUGUUUUUAGAGGAAAUAUGAGGUAGCCUAAUCUUGAAUGUUCAGUGCAUUGUACAUGUGUGGAAAUACAAUGUUUUGUGGUUCUGUCUGGUUUCAUGUUCCAAGGUCAAGCGCUCUUAUUUGGCUUGAUCGAUUGCUUAGUUUAACUGUUUGAAUGACUACAUAUUCAUUUGAAAAUACUAGUUGAAAAUGUUAACUUUAAGGUGGCAAAAUAUCACACAUGCUCUCCACACACAUUAUUUGUCAUUAACUCAUUAAUAUCCAUGUUGAAAUAUGAGAUGGGGGUUAUCAGUUGUGAAUUUCUCAAGUGUGCCUUGACAAACCAUCAGUGUAGUACGUUUACCAGAUCCCCUUUGUCAUGACUGUUCAUGUCCCUUGUCUAAUGUCCCUCUACCCUAGAUGAUCUGACUUCUCAUACUUCAGUCUAGCCAGUGUCCGUGUUCUGCUUUUGGUUACAUGACCACCUAACGUGUUUUCAUUUCAUCCAUCCCUGGUUGUGGUUAUGUUGCAAGUCUAAAGUGUGAUCACUAACUCUAUAGUGGUUUCCAAUUCCAGUCCUCCAGUACCCCCAACAGUCCACAUUUCUAUUGUAGCCCCAGACAAGCACACCUGAAUCAACUUGUCAGCUUAAUCAUCAGGCCCUCAAUGAGUUGAGUCCGGUGGUUUUUGUCCGGGGCUACAACAAAAAUGUGUGCCGUUUGGUACUCAAUGACGAGUUGGGAACCACUGCUCGAGGACUUUGUUCAGCCUAACCCGUCGACUGUAUACCUGUGUGUCUCUACUUCAUGCCUGUUGAGAUUCAUAAUGGUGAGGUAAAAGGGAAAAGAGGUGGAGAUUGUUCUGAUCGGGUGUUGUGGAAUUCUCUCGUAACUGUGUUUGUCAGCAUAACUGUUGUUGCUGUGAAGAGCUUGACAUGAGAUGAGAAGGUGGUAAUAAAGACUCCUAUUGGAACAGUG